GUUAUUCCCCGUGGAUCUAUCUUUACGGACUGCCCCUCCCCGCCCUCCCCUCUUCCCACUCCACCGUGCCGCGGACCGACGCGGAAGAGAGAUGUAGCGCGUGUCCUCCGCGCGGGAUCGUGGUUCACGCGGACUGUCGAUCCUAGAGACCCGUACGAUGAGCGGCUCGCAGCCGAUCGUGGUGCCCGGCGGCGAGCACCAACGUCCGCAGCCGGAGACCCAUUCCGUGCCGGUCGGGAGUUCAGCGGACAACUUCAAGACGAUGACACCGCCGAACGUCAGUCGUUCCCUCAGCCAACCAGCGGACCGGCAACCCCGAAGAGGCAGCGUCCAAGCACAGUCUACACCAUUACCUAAACUUCCAUCAACCGAGUCCCUUUCGACAAGCAUAAAUAUUACCGCCGGUGCACCUCCAGUCUCUCCAGGAAUCUCUGGAAUGGGCGAAGGUAAUCAAAAAAUGGAUAAUUCGUCAGACAAGUCGAUGGAUUCCUGCAAAUUAACGCGAAAGGAAUCGUACAAGGCUCAGAGAAAGAAUUAUCGAAUGGAAAAGAAAAGAGUAGCCGACGAACUUUUAAGUUCUUUCAGAGAUCCAACCGUUAUUGUUAUGAGUGACUGGUUAAAAGUUCGCGGCACAUUGAAAAGUUGGACCAAGCUAUGGUGUAUUCUGAAACCUGGAUUAUUGUUGCUGUAUAAAAGUCCAAAAAUAAAGAGUAACCACUGGGUGGGAACGGUACUACUCAAUACAUGUCAAGUCAUAGAACGUCCGAGUAAGAAAGAUGGAUUUUGUUUUAAAGUAUUUCAUCCUUUGGAGCAAUCUAUAUGGGCUCCUCGAGGGCCGGAGAAAGAAACUAUUGGUGCUGUUGUACAGCCUUUGCCAACAUCUUACUUAAUCUUUCGAGCACCGUCCCAAGCGGCUGGCAAAUGUUGGUUGGACGCACUUGAAUUGUCGUUACGCUGUUCUUCGUUAAUAGUGCGCUCGACAAGCGCAUUACCGCGUCCUUUGCCACACGAUGCGACCACCACUCAUGAAACUCAAUGGAGCGAGGCUGAUUAUGAAAAGCACUUUGAUGAUCAUGAGUAUGAUACCCGUCAAGUAGUAACGCUAGAUCCUGUAUACACCUCGCAUACAGACCUGGACGAUAUUAGUCAGCCCGAGAAUGGAGUAGUAGCUGAUGCUGAAAUCAGUGCAUCGGACAGCGAGUCUGAGGCAUCGGCCAAGGAAGAUCAAUCGUCAGAACCAAUCACCGAAACGCCAUACGUAGCUAAUGAAAAUGAAAUCUUUGGAACGGCCGGCGAAGUCGUUACGGAACUGCAGGAAGAGCAAAAGUCUUUAAUAUGGUUCUUAAUGAAACAAGUUCGUCCCGGCAUGGAUCUGUCUAAAGUUGUAUUGCCAACAUUUAUUUUGGAAUCGCGUUCAUUUCUGGAAAAACUGGCUGAUUCGUAUUAUCAUGCUGAUUUAUUGUCCCAAGCAGUGUUGGAAGAUGAUGCAUUUACGCGUAUGAAAGCCGUAGUGAAGUGGUACUUAUCGGGAUUUUACAAGAAACCACAAGGAUUGAAGAAGCCAUACAAUCCGCUUUUGGGCGAAACAUUCCGCUGCUAUUGGCAACAUCCCAAUGGUUCAAGAACAUUUUAUUUGGCCGAACAACUGUCGCAUCAUCCACCUAUCUCAGGAUUUUAUGUGACAAAUCGCCAAGAUGGAUUUACAAUUGGCGCUACGAUUAUUGCAAAGUCUAAAUUUUAUGGAAAUUCAACUUCUGCAGUUUUGGAUGGUAUCGCCGUAUUAACGAUGCUGCCGAGAGGUGAAGAUUAUACAAUGACAAUUCCUUAUGCACAUUGCAAGGGCAUUCUUAUGGGAACACUAUCGAUGGAACUUGGUGGAAAAGUAAACAUAAUAUGCGAGAAAACCGGCUAUCACACUGAAUUAGAGUUUAAACUCAAGCCGUUUCUUGGCGGUACGGAAUUAAUGAAUCAAGUUGUGGGACGAAUACGUCUUGGAAAGGAAACACUAGCUACUAUUUCGGGAUAUUGGGAUGGAUUGAUUUUAAUAACAGACAAGCGGACAGGACAGGAAAAUGUUUUCUUUAAUCCGACUCCGGAAGUACGUAAAAAGAGAUUGAGGAAAUUUUCCGUUCCUAUGGAACAUCAGGGACCGUGGGAAAGCGAAAAGUUGUGGCUAGCUGUUACACACGCUAUUAAUGCGGACGAUCAGGUUGCCGCUACUGAGGCUAAGACUCGACUUGAGGAAGCACAAAGAGAACGCGCUAAAGAGCGAAAGAGUCUAGGACAAGAAUGGAUCCCAAAAUAUUUCGUUCAAGACAUUAUAACUGGAAAUUGGGUUUAUCGACAUGCUGAUGUAAGACCGUGGGAUCCGAGAAAUGAUGUGGUACAAUACGAAGAAGAUUAUGUAGUGCGCACAAAAACCAGGCAUAAAACACCUAUUAUGCGUACUGGUAGUAUUGUUUCUACUGAACCACAGUCACAGAUUCCAUUGUUACAAGCUGAAUCACGUUCCUCCUUAUCAGUGCUCAAAUCUUCUAAGAGACAACUAUCAAAUAAUAUGCCUUUGACAGGAGCUCAUGACUCUGGAAGCUCAUCUGCAGAAGCACAUACUGAUUCUAGUCAAUCCAUAGGAAAAAGAAGACGUUCAACUGCUAGGUUAAUUGACAUAAUGAAAGGAAUAGAGCAUCAAAUGAUAGAUCAUGGUGAAAAAUUGAAUCGUAUACAGCUGAUUGUAGAGCAAGUUGUAAGGAAGCAAAGAGAGUCUGGAGAACAGCAUCACAACAUAAAUAUGUUCAAAAGUUUCGUGGAAACUUUACUUAUUAUUGUUAUUGUUUUCUGCGUGCAAUAUUUUGUAAACAUAUGGAAUAACGAUCCAAAAGGUUGAGGGAUUUAAUAAGAUCGUUUUCCACAGCUUUUGUGUCACACUCGUUGAAUGAUACGAAUGUAUCAAUCGUUUUCCUAUUUCCUACAAUUCUUGCAGUGUGGUGUCGGUACCUCAUAAUCAUGGUGAAGUGAAUCGUUUUGCGGAAAAAAUAUAAUUGUUAUUUCAAGCUCGAUAUAUGCGACGCAUUCUCAUCGAUAUAGAAAUAAGAUAUCAAGAGAAAAAAAUAUAUUAGACAAAAAUUCUAUAUGUUAGAUCCAGUGCAAUGGUAUUUUGUUAUAGUUGCAGAGGUAAGAAAAUUUAAGUAUAGAACAACUAACAAUCUAAUAUGAGCUUAUACUGUAUAUAGGGCUUAGGUAUAAUGCUGGAAGAGCUAUAAUAGUUCUCGAAUUACUAAUAUUACUAUUGCAACCAGCCGGUACCAAAUUGUAAUAUAAUUACGUAAUUGUUGUAAAAAUAUUGUUCAGACGUCAUUUUCGCAACUAAUUUAUUAUGAAUCCCGCUAUAUUCAAAUCUGUAUUAAUAUAUGAUGUAAUAGCGUAUUGUAAUUUGAUUCUGAUGUGAUAUCAAAUUUUUAAUAAUCUACAUUAAGCUGUCUCACUUAUAUUUGUAAAUCGAUUACCUUUGGUUGACUAUCGGUUAAUUUGUGUCGGAAUAUUCUAUAUAAUAUUCAUUAAAAUUUUCCCUAAAACUCUAGCAUAGGAAGCUUAUGAUAUUUUGUAUUUUAUUUACCGCUAAGCUUGUCAUGUGAUAUCUUGAUAAUGUAGUAAUAGUAUCAGACUUGUACAUAUGAAGGAAUCUAUGCAAUUCGCUUGAUAUUACAUUGGACACGACAAGAUUUUUAAACAAUCAUUAAGCAUAUUUAUGUAAUUUUUGGAAACUUUAAAUUCAAUAAAAUAGUAUAGUUUACUAAACCAUUUUAUGACAUGUUACCUAAUUAUGUAAUUACGCACGAAUUAUUUAAAAAUUAUAAGAGAAACGUAAAUAAUUCGCCGAAAGGCAUUUUAGUAUAUUAAUUUACACUAGUACUUUUUAAUUGUAUAUUAAAAAUGAUUUUAUCUGGUCAUUGUCUGCAUAUAUUUUUUAAUUACACUAAUAUUUUAUUAACUUGUUUUUUAAUUAUAAAAAGGAAGAGGCAAAGCUUUUCCUAAUAUAUAUUAGGAAAAGCACAUAUAUAUUUACUUUAAACUAUUAUCAAUUAAUACCACUAAUAUUAUAUGUACGCAAAGAAAACUACAUGUGUUAAAAUGUAAGCUAAAUGCGCAUGUAAAUUUCGAUGUAUAAUAUAACUGAAGUAUUGAUCUUUUCGAA